GAGGCGGUUGCAGGAGAGAGCGGCCCGAGCGGAGGGGGAGAACUUGUGGCUGUUAAACGCCACCCAAAGUAAUAACGAUCAAGAUUCCCCCCAUUCUCGGAUUCACAAAGCUACCACAUACUACGAGGAGUCCGAAUCAACGAACCCUAUCCUUGUGCUCCGAUCGCCGUCGUCCUUUUAAUCUUGGUCUCCGGCCAUCUCUUCGCCGCUUCUCUGUUUCGGUCCGACGGCAGUCGUCUCCUUCUCCCAGGUUUUGUAAUUUUUUUAAUGUUUUUUCUUGGCUUUUGUUUCUGCUCGAAAAAAUAUAAUUUCGAAAGAGCGAUGAAAGGACCAUGAUCCGAUCCAAUUUUCGAUGAAAAAAUGAAUCUAGAAAUCGAUUAUUUUGAUCUUUCUAUAUAUUUAUUCUUGCAUUCCUUUCGUGUUUUUUCGCAGCAUAUUCGAGUUCCAAAUCAUCCGAGUCUUGACGUCGGGAAACGCCGUCGAUUUCACAGGUUCCUCCCUUCCAGAAAUCAAAUAUAGGGUCGUCGUGCACCAGCCUCGCACUGGGCGGCGAGAAGGCGGAGCGGCAGCAGGCACCCAGACCGCCGGGAUUGGUCGGCGGCCAAGGAAGGAUGGCAUCGGCCGACGAGGAGUCGCUCUCCCCCAAGAACCGGCUCAAGCUCCUCUGCAGCUACGGCGGCAGGAUCUUGCCGCGACCCUCCGACGGCCAGCUCAAGUACGUCGGCGGCGAGACCCGAGUCCUUGCCGUCCCCCGCUCUAUCUCCUUCUCAGAGCUGAAGAAGAGGAUCCAGGAGAUGUUCAAUAGCGCAAAGGUGGUGAUCAAGUACCAGAUCAUGCCGGAGGACCUGGACGCGCUCGUGAGCGUCACGUGCGACGAGGACCUCCGCCACAUGCUCCACGAGUACGACCGGCACGAGCCCCGCUCCCCCUCCAACUCCCCCCGCUUCCGCCUCUUCCUCUUCUCCACGGCCCCUCCGCCGCUCGCACCCCUCUCCGACGCCGCCGCCUCCCCCAUCGAGCAGCGCUACGUUGAGGCCAUCAACGGUGUGCCCCCCACCGCCACCCCGGCCACCUCCACGCUCUCCCUCUUCAACAUCUCCUCCUCCGCCGCCACCUCACCAACCUCCACCAUCGACCUCCGCGACGCCUUCCGCCCCUCCCGGUCGAACCUCCUCUCCACCGCCGCUGCCGCCGGGUUGCAUCGGGUCCGGAGCACGCCCAACCUGGGCACGGCGAAGAAUCUGAGCCAGAUGGCCAGCGGCGCGGGCCUGCAGCUCUACGGCGGCCACCAGCAGGACCACCACCGCCGCCACCACCACCAUCACCACACGACGGCCAGCAGGUCCCGCCGCCGGCGUACGGCGGCGGCGGAGGAGGGCUGUGGAGGAUGGGGAGUGGGCCCGUGCGGUACGAGGUGUGUGGAUGCGGAUGCGGGUGCCGGGUGAUGAUGGCGCCUCAGCCGCACGUGCGAGGGUGCCACUACUCGCACGCGGUGGGCAGCGGGGGAUGCGUGUGCUUCGGACACGUGGAGGACCCGGGCGCCCUCAUUCCGCCGAGGUACGGCCCGCAGCACAGCUUGCCUUUCGGUGUCCCGCCUCGUAAACCUGGCCCUACUCCUUUAUGGGAAUGAGCGAGAUACAUGCAUGUCCGUCUGUGAAAUGGGGUUGAUGCUGUCCGUCUCCUUCUUCUGAACAAAACUUUACUAAAGAGAAUAAGGCUCCAUUUAGGGAUUUAGGAAGCAGCAGAGCAAAUUGAGUUUUUUUGAAGU